CGGUUACCCAAUCAGAAAGCAGGUUGGCGGGUGAAGUAACUGGGGACGCUUUUUUUAUCCUCACGCGUUUGACGGCUGGAGAGAUUGCCGUGGUCUUCGAUCGGGCCUCAAAUCGGCGGUGGCCGAACGCCCGAAAAGGGCAAAGGAAAAUUGAGGUUGGAGAAAUUGUUGAUCGGAGAUUGCGUCGAAGCUUUCUUAGUCGGUCGAUCGGGAGAGGGAGGAAGGAGGCCGGCACCGAGUGGGAGAAAGCUCACCGGACGUGUUCGCAUUAGUUUUUCUCAGUCUGAGCAAGGGAUUGAUAAGCAUUCGAAACAAGGGGCUUCGGUUCGGGAGCUGCAUGAUUCCCUUCUGUCCGUUUGAAUUCGCCUCGCUCCUCGGAUGUCGGAUCGUCGAUUGGUAAUCGGCGGUUUUGUUGGUCCGACGGCCCUGUAGAGACUGCUUUUUCCGGCUUUCGACUGCCUCCUCCGGAGUGUGCAUACUUGCUGCUUCACCGGCGGCGAGGAAAUCCGGUGAUACUUCGACCCCUUUUCUGAUCUUUUAUAAGAAGCUUGAUGAUCUGAGAAAAUGCUGCUAAUUUCUCUUUUACCAUUGUUUAUUGGAAAUCAAAUUUUCAUAGUGAAAUGUCAACUCUUUGCAUCAUGGACAAGCAUCAUGAUUGUUACCAUGCUCGAUCCUGACAGACAUAAUCUGUAAAAUUUCAAGAAGAUGAAAGCACAAGCUGCCUUGCAUGGACAGCUCUCUGGUCAGAUGACCACCCAGACUAACACGCAAGUAUCUGCUUCACCACAGCAGAUUGGAAAUUUUGUGACACCACAGAUGCAGAAUAUCGGACCAUGUUCUAUGGACUCCGAGCUUCAGAAUGCUCGUGCUAUCAUGCAGAAAAAUAUCUAUAAUAUUCUUAAAAGAAGAAAUCAGUCAGGAUCUGCAGAGUGGUCAUCUAGGCUAAUAGAGAUUGUUAGGCUCAUUGAAGAUCGUAUCUUCAAGGAUUUUGCUUCAAGGGAAGUCUAUUUGAGUUUGGCAAUGGAACCAGCUGAGCGCCGUUUAUACUCUAUCGUGAAGAAAGUCCUGUAUAACAGUAGAUCAGCGAAUCAUAUUGCAUCUUCCUCCUCUGUUAGUACAAUGAUACCAACUCCCGGUAUGUCAAACAAUGGCAACAGCAGUACUGGAAUCUCAGUUCGACCCGAGAACCCUAAAUUUUCCACCAGCAAUAGUGUUGUUGAACCUAAAACUAUUGCAUGUAUUGGUAGCUUACCAUCAAUUACACAUGGCCCUACUGAUACUGAAAAUAAUGCCUCAAAUGGAACAAUUUCUAAUGGUUACCAGCAUCAGUCGUCCAACUCUACCCUAGGUUCAGGCAGAAGUGGGUUUGUGUCUGCAGUUACUUCUGCCUAUAUACCAAGACAACUUAGUCAAAUGAUGCCAACACCUGGAUUUAACAGUCAGCAGGCUGUAUCUGCAAACUUUGAUUGUUCUAAUGAAGGAUUUUCUAGCACCGAGUCGAAUGCGGCUCCACAACAUUUCCAACAAAAGAAAUAUGUGGCAAGUCAAAACAGUCAUAUAUUAGAUAAUCUUGGAACUCAAAUAGGGGCUGGAAUGAGGUCCAAUGUUCUUCAUAAGGCUUCCCCUUAUGGGCUAUCAAAUGGGCUUGCAAACAGUGCAUUAGGAUUGAUUGGGGGCAAUAUACAACUAAGCGGCCCUGCAGCAUCUGAUGGUUUCCAAAGCCCAACUUAUGCUAGUUCUCCAAAGCCUUUAUAUCAGAAUUUCGACCAGCAACACCGCCAAUCUAGGAUACCAACAUCAAUGUCACAGCAAGUGCUACCUGUGGUGGAUGGUGGUUAUACACUGAGCACAAAUGAUAUAACACGCUCUGAGAACUUUCAUGGACCAGAUUCAUCAGGUUUAUCUGCUAUGGGUAACAUAAAUUCUAUUCUGCAUUCCAAGCCAAGAGCAAACCCAGGAUUGGUGAACCACCAUGCAAGUCUCCAGUCAAUGCAACUUCCUGUCAACAUUAGUUCUCAAUUACUAGUUGCUCAAUCUGAGAAAACGAUUUAUCAACCACCUGAUUCUAUCAGGGAAAAUCUUCUGCAGUCACAGCAGCAUGUGAGGCAAUCUCUGCAACCUUCUAACCAAACUUAUUCCCAGUUUGUCCAGAGCCAACGUCACUUACCACAGAGACAUCAACCAAGCAUUCAGAACCAGCAACUUACACAAAAAAAUGAUUCUCUUAGACAGUCCUCAUUGACUUCACAUUUUGAUGAGCAGUUAAAAUCUAACCAUGUUAAUGUCACUUGUUCUAACACAUUUAUUCAGUCAGCAGUUGAACAAGUCCAACCUCCUGAUUUACAGUCUCAAUACCAGCAGAAUUCUUCUGGUGAAGUGCAUACUACAAGUGUUCAAUUUCUAAAUCAUCUGCCCAAGACUGAAGAUUCUAGUGUCUCAGUUUCAGAGGUUUCACAACAGCUGUUGCAUCCACAUGUGCAACCUAAUCAGUAUUCUAACGACUUUGGUUGUGUAUCUAACCAAACUCAAGUGGAGGAACUCCUGCAGUUUCAAUGGCAUCCUCAACCACUACAACAUUUACAGACUGAAGAUAAACCAUCAUUCCAACAACUUCAAGAUGAGCUUCAUCAAAUAUCAACAGAACAAAAUGAUACUCAGCAACCUAUUCUCUCUGCUAGAGAAUUGGUUUCUGCAAAUGAAGAAUCUAUGAAGCAACAAAACUAUCUAAAACAAGUAAGGUGGCUGUUAUUUCUUCAUCAUGCUCGCAGGUGUCCCUCGGAAAAGGGAAUGUGUAUAGAAGCUAACUGCGUGAAAGCUCAGGAGCUGGUUAUGCAUAUGGAUACCUGUAACAGUGAUCUAUGCAAAUUUCCUCGUUGUUUUCCAUCUAGGAAACUUGUCAAGCAUAUCCACAACUGUGCUGAAGCUGACUGUCCUGUUUGCAUUCCUGUACGUGGUCAUAUAGCAGCAAAUAAUAAAGCUCAUUCCAAUCCUUUAUCAGAGACAUAUUUGUUGCCUGAGAUAAAAGGAGAUGUCAAUGGAGUGAAAACAGAUGUAAUAUCUUAUGAAGGUUCUCAGGGUGAGCAGCCUGCAACUAAGCGCUUGAAGGUUCAACACAUGUCAACAGAAUCUUCUAAUGAUGUUUCUUCUGGGAAUCAAUACUAUAAUAUCCAAGAUUUUCAAGAUCCAGAGUGCAAACAAACAAUUCUGAAGACAUUUUCUAAUUCCUAUUCUGAUGUUAAGAUCAAUAAAUCUUCUGAUUGUGGACAAAGACAAUUACCAGAGUUUAACAGCAGCAUCAAAGAGAAUAUGGAUUUGACAGGCUGUGAAAACUAUCCAAAUGUUUCUAGCUCUGUUGGUUCUCAUGUCGAUCAAGCAAGUAUUGUGGAUAAUAAAUUGUUGGACCAGGCUGCUGGUAAAAUCAAGGAGCUAGAUAACCAACCAACUGAUCAAGUAACAGGGAGUAAAUCAGGGAAGCCAAAGAUAAAAGGUGUUUCAUUGAUCGAACUAUUCACUCCUGAGCAAAUUAGGGAGCAUAUAAUUGGUCUGAGGCGUUGGGUUGGCCAGAGUAAGGCCAAAGCUGAGAAGAAUCAAGCAAUGGAGCGUUCAAUGACUGAAAACUCUUGCCAACUUUGCGCAGUGGAAAAACUCUCUUUUGAACCCCCUCCAAUAUAUUGUUCCCCAUGUGGUGCUCGAAUAAAGAAAAAUGCAUUGUAUUAUACGGUUGGCAGUGGUGACACUCGCCACUAUUUUUGUAUUCCAUGCUUUAAUGAGGCUCGAGGUGACACUAUAGAAGUUGAAGGAUCUACAUUUGCAAAAUCAAAACUUGAAAAGAAGAGAAAUGAUGAGGAAACUGAAGAAGGGUGGGUGCAAUGUGAUAAAUGUGAAACCUGGCAACAUCAAAUAUGUGCUCUGUUCAAUGGCCGAAGAAAUGAUGGAGAAGCAGAAUACACUUGCCCGAGUUGCUAUAUGAAAGAGAUAGAGAGAGGUGAACGCAAGCCUUUACCUCAGAGUGCUGUUCUUGGUGCAAAAGAUUUACCAAGAACUAUUCUCAGUGAUCAUAUAGAGCAACGGCUUUUCAGACAAUUAAAGUAUGAGAGAGAAGAAAGAGCCAAGCAACAAGGGAAAUUUUUGGAUGAGGUGCCAGGAGCUGAAGGGCUAGUAGUUAGAGUUGUAUCAUCUGUGGACAAAAAAUUGGAGGUAAAGCAGCAAUUUCUAGAAACAUUUCAGGGGGAAAAUUACCCGAAAGAAUUUCCAUAUAAGUCCAAGGCUAUUCUGUUGUUUCAGAAGAUAGAAGGGGUAGAAGUCUGCCUAUUUGGCAUGUACGUUCAAGAAUUUGGUUCUGAAUGCCCUUUCCCCAAUCAGCGGCGUGUCUAUCUUUCAUAUUUAGAUUCUGUCAAAUACUUCAGGCCUGAGAUCAAAACCCUGUUUGGAGAAGCUCUACGUACUUUUGUCUAUCAUGAAAUUCUGAUUGGAUAUCUUGAGUAUUGCAAAAAACGAGGAUUUACCAGCUGUUAUAUCUGGGCCUGUCCUCCUUUAAGGGGUGAAGACUACAUCUUGUACUGCCAUCCUGAGAUUCAGAAGACCCCCAAAUCUGACAAACUUAGGGAGUGGUAUUUAUCUAUGCUCAGAAAAGCUGCCAAAGAGAAUAUUGUUGUUGACUUGACUAAUUUGUACGAUCAUUUCUUUGUAACUAUGGGGGAGUGCAAAGCCAAAGUAACUGCAGCUCGUUUGCCAUAUUUUGAUGGAGAUUAUUGGCCUGGUGCAGCAGAGGAUAUGAUCAGCCAACUUCGUCAAGAAGAAGAUGACAGAAAACAGUUGAAAAAAGGAAAAAACAAAAUGACACUUACAAAAAGGGCUUUAAAAGCUGCUGGUCAUACUGAUCUCUCAGGAAACAUCUCAAAGGAUGCUUUGUUGAUGCAAAAGCUUGGUGAAACCAUAUUCCCUAUGAAGGAAGAUUUUAUAAUGGUACACUUGCAACAUGCCUGCACACAUUGCUGCAGUCUAAUGGUAUCUGGGACAAGAUGGGUUUGCAAUCAUUGCAAAAAUUUUCAACUUUGUGACAAGUGUUAUGAAACAGAAGAAAAUGUUGAUCCAAGAGAAAGGCAUCCUACUAAUAGUAGGGAAAAACAUACUUUAUAUCCAGUUGAAAUCAUUGACGUUGCUCAAGACACAAAGGACAAAGAUGAAAUACUAGAAAGUGAAUUUUUUGACACUAGGCAGGCAUUUCUUAGUCUUUGCCAAGGAAAUCAUUAUCAGUAUGAUACUCUGCGUCAUGCUAAGCAUUCAUCAAUGAUGGUCCUCUAUCACCUUCAUAAUCCUACAGAACCUGCAUUUGUGACCACAUGUUAUGUCUGCCAUCAUGAUGUGGAAGCUGGUCAGGGCUGGCGUUGUGAAACUUGUCCGGAUUUUGAUGUAUGCAAUGCUUGCUAUCAAAAAGGUGGUAUUGACCAUCCUCAUACAUUGACUAAUCAUCCAACAAAUGCUGAACGUGAUGCGCAAAACAAAGAAGCUCGAGCAAAACGAGUCUCACAGCUUCGGAAAAUGCUAGACUUGCUGGUCCAUGCUUCACUGUGCCGCUCUCCGCAGUGUAGAUACCCUAACUGUCGCAAAGUUAAAGGUCUUUUCCGCCAUGGCUUUCAAUGCAAGACACGUGCUGCCGGUGGCUGUGUUUUGUGUAAGAGGAUGUGGUAUCUCCUUCAAUUACAUUCUCGUGCAUGUAAAGAAUCAGCAUGCAGCGUACCGCGAUGCAGAGAUCUGAAAGAACAUUACAGGCGAUUGCAGCAGCAAUCUGACUCCCGGCGUAGGGCGGCUGUCAUGGAGAUGAUGAGACAGCGCGCGGCCGAAGUUGCUGUAGACUCUGGAUAACAAAAGUGUACAUAGGAUUUCCACUGAAGUUAACUUGAUACUCCAUUCCUUGAACCAUGCCGUGUGAAUUAACCAUCAGGUUACCAAAUCUUGCACGGUGCUAACCUCUCAAGCUAUCAGUUGGACAAACCGCUACAGGUGGCGCUUCUUUAAUGUAUCAUAUUGCAGCGGCCACUCAUUACACACGCAGAUGGUGUACUAUAGCUGUUCUAAUUCAUCUUUUCUCAGCUCCUAAUUAGUUCCAUUUACUUCUAAAGUUAUGCUCUUAGUUGGAGGGUUUAGGGAAGAAUGCACCGCUACUGGGAAAUUGAAAAUAAGUAGAAAAAUGUGUGCUCUCUUCUGGAGUGAAGCAUGUAUCCAGGAGUGGCCUUUGAUCAUUAUUGUAAUUGGACAAUCUGAAGUUAAGUGAUUGACCAAGUAUAGUGAUUCUUAAGCUA